GUUUGGUACUCUGGUAUUUACCAAGUGAUUCAAGAACCGGCAACAAGACAAAUAUGGCAAAGCCCUCGAUAGCUCUCACAGAGAGCUUUGCUUCCAUCUCCAAAGCAACAAUUUCCAAGGACAUUCCUGAAGAACACUUGAACCGACUGGUGAGGUUUCUGGAAAGAGUGGGGAUCUGUGGAGAUGUCCCAGAUUAUUGCAGUACCGAAGGCUUCUACUCCAACUUAAUUGGAGGGAUUCUGAAGCCUCUGAUAGUCCUACGAGGCCGCGUCACUUGCUUGGUCUCCGUCAAACCUGCUGUUAUUAAUAAAUUUGGAGGAUUUCAUGGAGGAGCUAUUGCUGCUGUUGCGGAGGCUGUGGCCUUCACUACUGCGAGAACGGUGGUGGCUGAAGAUAAGGAGCUUUUCCUAGGGGAAUUAAGUAUCUCUUACCUCUCUUCUGCACCAAAGAAUGCAGAGGUGAUAGUUGAUGGAUCUGUAGUGCGGAGUGGGAGAAACCUAACUGUGGUUGCACAAGAGUUCAAGCUCAAGAAAACCGGGAACUUGGUCUACACUGCUCGUGCUACCUUCUAUCACACGCCCGUUUCGAAACUCUGAGUAAUUAGGUGAUUAACGUUGUUGUGGUUGCCUUAUUUGAUUGAUAUCACGAACGAAAACAAUGGUUCAUGCCAUAUGCAAGUGUUCAUUUUGAACUCUGGCUCAUAGAUUUUAGUAAUUUACACAUUCUGAAAUAAUAAGAUCAUUCAAUAGAAGAAAA